UCUUUUUCUCCUCUCUGUGCUCUGACGUGGCGCCGGCCGGCCGCCAUGUUGUUUUGCCGUGUUGUCACAGAGAGGAGCAGCAGGAGCAGCAGGAGCAGCGUUAACCCGACGGUGUGUCUGACCCCUCCCACUUCCCUGCGGUGCCAUGGCGACCUUCCCAGAGUACAUCGCUCAGAACGAGGAGCGUGACGGCGUGCGGUUCAGCUGGAACGUUUGGCCGUCCAGCCGGCUGGAGGCAACACGGAUGGUCGUUCCCGUGUCGGCGCUCUUCACCCCGCUGAGGGAGCGGCCCGACCUGCCACCGAUUCAGUAUGAACCGGUCCUCUGCAGCCGCGCCACCUGCCGCGCCGUGCUCAACCCGCUCUGUCAGGUGGACUACCGAGCCAAGCUGUGGGCCUGUAACUUCUGCUACCAGAGGAACCAGUUUCCUCCGUCCUACGCCGGAAUCUCAGAGGUCAACCAACCAGCCGAGCUGCUGCCCCAGUUCUCCACCAUCGAGUAUGUGGUCCAGCGGGGUCCUCAAAUGCCACUCGUCUUCCUGUACGUGGUGGACACCUGUAUGGAGGACGAGGACCUGCAGGCUCUGAAGGAGUCCUUGCAGAUGUCCCUGUCCCUGCUGCCUCCCACCGCACUGGUUGGACUCAUCACCUUCGGCCGCAUGGUCCAGGUCCACGAGCUCGGCUGCGAGGGGAUCUCCAAGAGCUACGUCUUCAGGGGGACCAAGGACCUGAACGCCAAGCAGCUCCAGGUUUCUGACUCCCGCUGGAACCAGUUCUGACACAGUAACCGGUCCACAUUCGGGACCGCUUAGAAACAAAAGAUGCCUUU